CUGUAAAAUUGUUUGGUAUUCCCUAUAUGAAGUUUCAAACUGUUGUGAUUGCUGCUCCACUUCCCGCAACAACGGCGCAAAUCGCUUUCUGUGUCAAGCAAUUCACCCCAUUUAACCAAUGUUCAGUUAUUGCUGCGACGCCGCCGAUUUCAGUCGUUAUCAAUCCUGAAAAUCAUCUCGUGUGCCAUCCGCGCCGUGCUGGCCUGACCCUUAUCAGUUUAUUGUCUUUCAGAGUAUCAGGCGCGCGCGAGGUGAAUCCACCGACGACAUGCGCCACUAUCGCAUCGAGCGUGAUCAUUUUCUGUGCAUAUAUACAGCGACUGGCGUUUGCCGAACGCUAUCUCAUUCUUUCGUCUGUAUCAACGGCGUGACGCCGCGUGAUUCAUAGUGUGUAGGUCGGGAAAUUUGUGGUUCCACAGAUUUGGGAUAGAGUAUGUGGGGCCAUCGAGUGAUAUGAUCUAUCAGAAUUAAACUCUUCUAAAUCAGACUACAGUCUUAUGUGAAUUUUCGUUUUUCUACCUAUACAUCCUGUUUAUAGUAGUUAGCAUCGUUAGCAUAGUAGUGCCAGGGUAGAAAGAGACAAAACUAUCUACCUACCAGUAGCAGUCUAAAAACUACGUAAGCAAACGCGAAGGGAACCGAAGGAAAGCAACCAGUUCAGUUGUUGUUGAUUUCUCAGUCGUUCCGUUGUUGGCACUGAGAGUGAGCCUGGUUUAUGCCAUAAACAGAAGAAUCGAGCUUUUCGAGUUUCAGAGUUGAUUUCGUCAUAUCAUUCUCUGUUGCGCGUCGUAUAGGUCGGUCGGUUGAUUCAGAAUUUGAGUCAUAGAGUUGUAAUUGAUCCGUGUGUGUACCUACUGUAGUUACUCUACCCCGUCUCAAAUGGUUUACCCUUAGUUGCCUUUAGCGGUGCAUUCUGUUUUGGUCGCGCGCCGUCGAUUCCACGGCGGAGGGGUUGAGGCCAACAGGUGUUGUUAGCAGAUUGAGCGCGCAUUUAGUGUGAUAAGGUCGCCCCCCGAUUGUGCAGCAUAACCAGAGUGUGCUCGACGACGACGUACUAACUGAGCCGAUAUUAUGAAAUUUCACAACUACAGCAGUCCGCCAGAGAAAGUGAAGACACGAUCCGUCAGUUCAUCAUCGGAGCAAGAGUCCACACUUCUCCAGCAACCGCAGCAGCAGCAGCAACCCACGGACGGUCAGAAGCAGCAGCAGCAGCAGAUCAGUCUGAAGAAGAAAAUUACUCCUCAACAGCUGCUCGAGCUGCAACAGCAGCAACAGCGGGAACCACUGGCCAAGCGACCGCGCAUCGACGAGUCUGUUCCGGCCGAGGUGGAACAGCACCAGGCGGUGGCGGAGGAGGAGGAAGAGGAACUCGACACGUCGGCCACGGAAUCGGAAACCGAGAUGGAUCAAAGCACGGACAACGAGAUGAUAGUGUCGCACCCCUCGCAGCGGUUAGAUGCCAAUGCGUUGAAGGCGAAAGCGGCCAGCACGACGGCCAUGGUCGUCACGACAGACGAUUCCGACUAUGGACAGAACGACAAACACGAACAGAAAAAGGUGAAGCGGAAAAUCGUGAGUAAACCGUGCAACAACAACACAUCGACGAAGGCAAAACUUCAGAUGGUGCAUGAGUUUCCAACGUUGUUCCUCGGGCUGAGGCGCAACCGGAUUUUCCUGGUAAAUUCCCUUGCCCAAACGUUCGAUCUGAACCAGCGGGAUAUCAUCCUGACGCUGCGGAAAAUCAAACUGAACGAACACAAUGCUCGGUUAGCGAGCGUCUUUGGACUGACGGACAGCGAGGUGGACAUCCUGUUCCGGACGAGUGUGCCUAAAAUAGCCGACUGUUUGCGAAAUUUCAUCGUGUGGCCGGACGAUGUCACCAUGAAGCUGAACGUCCCCAUCUACCUGCGGCAACAUUUCAACAAAAUCCAUCUGAUCCUGAACUAUCUGGUGGUCAAAGUCCGACAGAACGCCGUCAAAUUCCUCUCCCAGGCCCAAUCGGAGACGUCCUACUGCGAGGGUGACCAGUGUCACAAACUCAAAUACCUGGUGGCGUCCACCCUGGACGGAUGCGUCUGCUUUGUUUCCCGAGGUUUCGGCAUCCAGACGGACGACGAAGCCGUCCUGGCGCAGUCCGGCUUCCUGACCAAGUUCAAAACCAACACAAACCUCAUCGCCGGCAAAAAUUUCCACAACUUCGAGGACCGCCUCACCAACGGAAGCGACCACGACCACGAAAACAACAACGGCGGAGGCGGAGGCGCCGAAUCCGACCUGGAACGGACGCUCAACACCACCGCCACCGAAGAGGACGACAACUUUGGCGAGAUCGUGUCCGAGAAGAUCAGCAAAAGCCGGACGUUCAAGCUGAAAAACUACAUCGAAAGCGUGCUGGAGAGCUUCCAGGGGCACAUGAUCCUGUCGCCGAUGGCGUGCGUCGAUGUGCGGUCGCUCGAACUGCUGGACGACAUCGUGGUGAUCGUGGGGGCGCUCAUCAACCUGCAGAAGCAGGAGGUGGAAUAAGGCGGGAAGUGUUGCGCGCGCGCUUUCGGUUCGUAUGUGUGUUCAGAAGAAUCAAGUUAGGCCCCCACGGAUUUUGUUCGUUUCCUUUUUGGCGCGCUUGCACCCUAAGCUCUUUUUUCUCCUGUACGAUUAUUAGUGCUUUUACUUUGUUGACGAUUUCUGUUCUUUACGGGAAUUCCUUACUUUUUUUUCUCUUUCUGGAGUGUCCCUCGGAAUCGAGAGCAGAGCAGAAAGAAGGCGUCGGAGAGAUACGCAACCAUAAGUUAUGUGGUUCGAACGCGCUAGGCCGUAUUGUAGAUAAUUUAUUAUAAUUAUUAUUAUUAUUAUCAUUGAUGUAAGGCUAACGAAUAGUAACUACACAAAUAAAAGUUUACUAAUGAAGUCCAAG